UUCAGGAAGUGUCUCAGUCUGAACAUGAGUCUCCUGCUCCUCUUCCUCCUCUUUCUCCUCCGUCUCUCGGACGGACUCCUCUUCACCAGAGACCCGGGCUGGGUCGCCUCCGACCCGGGGUGGAACUCAACCGGCUCCGGGUCUCAGCUCGUCUCCGUCACCGCGGAUCUGAGCUCCAUCCUCCACCGGGUGGACCCGAGGUUUCUGUCCGUGACCAUCGACUCCAGCCUGGGGACCGAGGAGAGCUUCAUGUACCUGCUGAGAUCCCAGAAGAUCAGGACGUUGGCCAAAGCUCUGACUCCCUCGUUCCUGAGGUUCGGUGGAACGAGACAAGACUUCAUGGUUUUCACUCCCGAGAGGAAACAUCUGCAAACAUCAGCUCCGUCCUGUGAUGAAGUGGCGUUGCCGUCGUGGUUGGAGGACAAACUGAAGGUGGAGUGGACGACGCAGCAGCUGGUCCUGAUGAGAGAAGAUGCUCAGAGGAAGUACAGGAACGUCAAGUUCACAGAGGUGACCGUGGACCUGCUGAACUCCUUCUCCAACUAUUCGGGGAUGGAUCUGAUCUUCGGGCUGAACGCUCUCCUCAGAACAGCCGACAACAGCUGGAACAGCAGCAACGCUCGCUCCCUGCUGCAGUACUGCGAGUCCAGAGGCUACGCCAUGUCCUGGGAGCUGGGGAACGAACCAAACAGUUUCGAGAAGAAGGCCGGGAUCCGAGUGGACGGAUAUCAGCUCGGACAGGACUUCACCCGUCUCCGAGAGAUGAUGUCAGAGUCCAAAUUCUACCACGGCGCCGGACUGUACGGGCCGGACGUGGGCCAGCCGCGAGGCCACAGGAUCGACAUACUGGAGGGGUUCCUGCAGAGCGGAGCGGACGCCGUCGACGCCUGUACCUGGCACCAUUACUAUGUGAACGGCAGAGACACGUCUCUGGAGGAUUUUCUGGAUCCAGAGAUUCUCGACACGCUGAAGUUAAAGACCAAAGAAGUUCUGCAGAAAGUAAAGAUGGCGUCCCCGGGGAAGGCGGUCUGGCUCGGAGAGACGAGCUCGGCGUACGGAGGAGGAGCCGUGGGUCUGUCCGACGCGUUCGUCGCAGGAUUCAUGUGGCUGGACAAACUGGGCCUGGCAGCCACACUCGGCAUGGACGUGGUGAUGAGGCAGGUGCUGAUUGGUUCAGGAAGUUACCACCUGGUCGACAACAACCUGGAUCCACUUCCUGACUACUGGUUGUCUCUUCUCUACAAGAGACUCGUGGGACCGGAGGUUUUGAAGAUUGAGGCGUCUUCUGCUGUUGGCCGCAGUAAAAGAGUGAGAGUGUAUCUGCACUGCUCCAACACAAAGAGCUACAGCAGCGGAGCAGUCACGUUGAUAUCUAUGAACCUGAGUGAGAAACCGGCUCGGAUCUCGACUCCGGCUCUCGUCUCCUCCGGCACAGUGGAGGCUUUUGUCCUGCAGGCCGACCGGCCCGGGGAGGAGGGGCUCUACUCCAGGUCUGUGAAACUGAACGGGGACGUGCUGAAGAUGGUGGACGAUAAAACUCUCCCCGACCUUAAAGGAAGUCGUCUUCCUCCAGCGGAUCACCUGCAGCUUCCUGCCUACGCUCUGGCCUUCUUCGUCUUCACCGACGCUCGAGCCGCCGCCUGUCACGACCCCGGACGCCUGCGAUGACGCCGCGGACACAGAGACGUCUUUAGAUAGAACACAGCUCAUCCUCUCUGGACUAAACAGACUCGAACUCAGGUGACGACGACGAAACGAAGACUUACUUUCACAUACCGGUGGCUGUGUUUCUAAGUUUCGAAUAAUUUUUUUUUUAAUUCUGUUCCACAAACGUAGUGACUCGUGUGAACGAAGCCACCGUUGGGUCUUUAACCCUAAAAUCACUGGUGUAGAUAAAGAUGGACAACAUGAAUUUGAGAAGUGAAUUCCAGAUCAAGGUUUCCUUCAGUUUUUCUUUUUUUAUUUCAUCACAAACUCUGGAAGUUUUAACGCAUCACAACCAAACUCUUCACUCCUCCUGCUCCUCGCCGUGUGUGAUGAUGUAACACAGAGAUUUGUAAUCCAGGUUUCCUGCUGCGUCGAUAUUUGACGACUGAAACAUCUGCUUCACCUGAAACGACACAUGUUGACACACAGGUUGUAGAAAAUGUAAUUUAACUUUAACUUAAUAAUGUAAAGUGAUGAAAUCCUCUGAUCUUCUCAGACUCAACACAACAUGACGGCAUCAGAAACCUUCUUUACCUCCUCAGAUGAAAACCUGUCGGCCUGUGUCAUCAGCAGAUUCUGUAAUCUGAUCAAAUCAAACAGAACAUUGUUAAGUUUGUGUUUAACAGCAGAGAAACGUUAGAAAGUAACAGACUCACUCGUCUUUGUGAACGAAGCCUUGGACGUCAGGAUCAAACAUUUUGAAAGCGUUUAAGAUGGUGUCCUCAGGGUCUGUGCCUGAAACCAGACAGAAAACAUACUGAACCUUCCUUUGGUCAUUGUCCAACACGUCAGUUCAUGACCUCUGACCCCUCGUCAGCUCCUGUCUAAAAAUAAAAACACUACUAGAGGAUUAAA